AAAGCCCUAUACCUCAGACCAUCAAAGCCAAUUUUGGAACUGGAUGAUAAUCCUUUUAAGGAUGAUAGCAGCGAUGACGACAAUUUGAGUUCAACUCGCCAACUGCGGUCCUCAUCUCUGACACAAGUUAGACACUGUUAUGCAUCUUCAGACAGUUUGACUAGUCCAACAACUGCCCCAUCAAACAGUACUUCUGCAGUUCAAUCUUUUGCCUUAUCACAUGGACGUGAAGUCUUAUCUACUCAUACUCCAGCCUCCACCUACCACAGCAAUAUCUCACCUAACACCACCAUUUCAGCAAGUGGUUCUUCUAAUGAACAUGGAAUAUGUCCUUCCACAAGUCAGCCUUCUGCCCUACCAUUUGGAGGAGCUACUUCAGUUCCAGAUCCAACCCUGGUCCUGACUUGUACAAGCUUACCCUACCAAAGCAGCACUCCAGCAAGUCAUUCCUCCGAGUUACCCUCUACCUCAACACACCAUCAAGCAACAAACUAUGAUACCUACCUUUCAUUAAUUUCUGUACUGUCUGACCUUUCUUCUGAUGAGGAGGAACUGAACCACGCUAUACUAGCAAGCUUGCAUAGUGAAAGAACCACAGGAUAUAUAAUGCCAGCAAGAGAUAUCUUGCAAGAUCUUGCAACAAAAAUAACCCAACACAAGAGAUGCAAGUUUAACAUUAACCGAUCAACAGUCUUGGAUGGAGCCAUCAGAGGUUUUAAACGAGGGACAUAUGAUCCAUGUCACACUAUUUCUGUCAGAUUUUCUGAUGAUAUGGGAGUACCUGAAGAGGCUGUGGACUUGGGUGGACCAAGAAGGGAAUUUCUAACACUGCUUAUGGAAGCUUUGCCCAGUUCUCAAAUGUUUGAAGGAGAAGAAGGCAAAAUGAACUUGGCCUUUGACAGUACUGCCAUGAGAGAGGACCGGUACUUCAUUGCAGGGAGGGCCAUCGCAGUAAGCCUUGUACAUGGUGGUCCACCCGCACGCUUUCUGUCCCCAACUCUCUUCUCUUGCCUUGUUGACGGCCCAGAACUGGCAAAGCCAGUAUUGGCAGAUGUUGCAGAUAAUGACCUACGUGACAACAUCAAAAGGGUCAUAGAGUGUAAAGCAUUUGAAGAACUGAUAGCAACAACAGGCCCACUUGAAGAGUAUUUGGCCAAUGCUGGCUGCCUAAGGCCUCUGCGAAAGUUGGAAGACAAGAACCUGCUUGUAGACGACAUCCUGAUGUUUCAAGUGAUGCACAGAGUGCGUGGUCCUUUUGAGAGAUUUAGGGAUGGACUGAGAACACUUGGUGUGCUGGACAAAAUCAAAGCUCACCCGGAGAGUUUUCGCCCCCUUCUCUGCUGGUCUCCUACAACCCUGACAGCUGACCUGGUUGAAAGCCUCUUCACCAUCCGCCUUUCUCCAGCUGGCAGCAAUAAAAGGCAUUCUGAAGAAGUUGUUGUUCCUUUCUGGAGAGACUACCUCUCAGAUGCAGAAGAGCAAGAAGAAACACAGAAGCUAGGGAUGAUUCUCGCCUUUGCCACUGGAGCCAAUCUUGUUCCACCAAUUGGCUUCUCUCCACAGCCUUCAAUUGAAUUUCUUCACCAAGAGCAUGAUGCAGGAACUACUUCUAAACUACCCAUUGCAAACACAUGCAUUAAUUGUCUGAAGUUACCACUGCACACUUGUUACAAAGACUUUCAGGAAAACAUGGACUUUGCAUUGGGCAAUACCCAUGGAUUUGGCAUGGCUUAG